AUGGAGAAUGACGCCAUUGAUCAUUCUUCCUUGGAUCCUCCACCCGUUGCUCCUUCAAAAGCAGCCGUCGGAGGAUGGAGAGCCGUGAGAUUCAUACUUGCAAAUGAGACGUUUGAGAAAUUGGCGUCGAUGAGUUUGGUGGCGAAUUUGAUAUUGUAUUUGCACACGAUGUACAAUUUGGACAACGUGGCUUCGGCUAAUGUGAUCAACAUCUGGGGUGGCACCACCAAUUUCGCUCCCAUCGCCGGAGCUUUUCUUGCCGAUGCUUACUUGGGAAGGUUUUACACUCUCCUCUUCGGCUCCAUCGCAUCCUUCUUCGGCAUGGGAGUGUUGACCCUAGGCGCUGGUCUUCCUGAGCUAAGGCCUCCCAGCUGCAGCCACAGCCAAGCUAAGUGCCCACAGCCGCAGCCUUGGCAACUCGCCUUCCUCUACCUCGGCCUUGGAUUACUAGUGAUCGGAGCCGGCGGAAUAAGACCCUGCAACAUCUCYUUCGGUGCCGACCAGUUCGACACCACGACCUACAAGGGCCGAGCCAAGCUCGAAAGCUUCUUAAACUGGUGGUACUUCCUCUUCUCCAUCGCGCUCAUCGUGGCCCUAACCGUGGUCGUCUACAUCCAAACCAACAUCAGCUGGGUCACCGGCUUCGCCAUUCCCACUGCCUGCUUCGUCCUCUCUAUUUUGAUCUUCCUCCUCGGUCGCGGCACUUACAUCCGAAAGACCCCACAAGGGAGCGUCUUUGCUGAUAUGGCGAAAGUAAUCAUCGCCACGUGUCGCAAGUCCAAACUCUCCAAACCCAAUAACCAAAAUAACUUACACGACCCACCUCCCACAAUUCCGGAUUCCACCAAGCUUCCUCACACGAACAGGUUCUUAGUGUUUGAUAAGGCAGCCACCGUCGUUGAUCCCGUCGCCGAAUUGGACGAGCACGGGAAUUCCGUCAGCCACUGGAGAUUGUGCAGCGUCCAACAAGUGGAGCAGCUCAAAUGCGUUAUAGGGAUCGUCCCCGUUUGGGUGGCCGGAAUUUCGUGUUUCAUCGCAAUGCAGCAAAUGGGGUCGUUUGGGGUUUUGCAAGCCAUUCAAAUGGACAGAUUUCUAGGGCGGCAUUUCGAAAUCCCGCCGGCAUGGAUGAACCUCACGCCCAUGAUUGCGCUCUCCAUCUGGAUUUUUGUCUACGAGAAGUAUGUGGCAAUGAUGAAACGGAAGACCGGACAGAACAAGAGAAUCUCAAUGCAGCGGAGGAUCGAGAUCGGGAUCGUCAUGUCAGUUGUUUGCAUGGUCGUGUCCGGCAUUACCGAGAAGCUCCGCCGCGACUUGGCGGUUGGCAAUGGCUCAUUUGUUGCGCGGCUGCAUGUUACGGCGCUCRUACCGGAAUUCGCCUUGUCGGGCCUGACGGAAGCCUUUGCUGCCAUUGCUGUGAUGGAGCUUCUCACGACACACUUGCCGGAGAGCCUGAGGACGGUGGCCGGAGCUAUAUUUUUCUUGAGCUUGUCGUUGGCCAGCUAUCUCAGCUCGGUUCUUGUGGGAAUCAUCAGCAAAAUAAGCACUACAAUUGACGGGAAAAAAACUGCAUGGAUCGGUGGUAAUGAUCUUAAUCACAACCGGCUUGAAUACUUCUUCUACGUGGUUGCUGUGAUUGGGACCUUGAAUUUCUUCUAUUUUCGUUUCUUUGCCGCGGGUUUCUUACCCAAAAGURAUGUUGAUGAUCAUGAUCAGACACACGAGAGGCAGUUAGAAGAUGAGGAAACGGGUCGUAGAUGA